CAUGAAGCUAAGAAAUAUUUUUGACCUUACAGGAUAUUGUUUCGGAAUAAAAAAACAUACAAAUUAGUUCAUUUAUGUCAUUUAUCAAAUGAAAAAAAUGAACAGUUCAAAAGUGUAUGAAAUAGCAAGUAACUAAACUAGAGAUCGCGAUCUUUGUUGCUGACUUUAGUGCUAUGACAUGAUUAAGCACAUAAUUUUUGUGGAAAUUGUUAGCAUAAAUGAACAUCUGCUGCCAGGGAGAGAAAGAUUUGAAGGAGGCUAGCCAUCUAGCUAAUAAUGGUAGCAGUCAUAUACAAACAUUUAGAUUGUGUUAAGAAAUUAUUGAAACGCCAUUUCCAACUUAAGCGCCUUGUCCAUGUCAUUUCAGGCCUAGCUCCUAAUAUGUGCAAAUAAGCCAAACGUUUUUACUUCUUUAUUACUAUUACUUUGUUUACUCUACUAACGAUGUAGUUAAUUAAACUUAAUGCGAUGCGAUAUGUUGACCAAUGGUGUUCAUUCCAUAUUCCAUUCUGGAUUUUGCUAUGGCACUACGGUAAUUUGUAAGUUUUUUGGCGCAUCAUUUCGAAUAUAACGCUUAGUCGUUGCAACAGUUCUAUUUAGAAGAACUUGAUUACUUUCAAAGAACAAAUGACUGCAUAAAGAUCUCUUUCCUACGUUAUUUGGAUGAGACAAAAAAAAAUUUCAAUUGAGUGUUUAAAUAGUAGAUGCGCUAAGACUGAAAAUGCCGCAAUAUUUUGACUUUGGUAUUGUUUAUUUUGAAUUGACAGAUCGCCUUUUUUAUCGUAGUACAUUGUUUUUGUUUUGUAUGUAAUAGUUUAGCCACAAAAAAAAAGAAACUUUUACCCAUCGUACCCUGCGAUGAAAUCUUAACAAAUGCGAGAAAACUUUUAGUAUAUGAAGACAAUUAUGCUUCUAUGGAGUUUGUUGAAGUAUUGAUAUGUUAGUCCAUCAUUUAGGCACAGUGGGUCAACUGUUUUCUAGAUUCAGAAUGUGCUAUUAUCGCCUAAUGGGGGUAAAUAUUUAAUUAUGCGGUAAUCAUCAAGCAAAGAGAAUACAUAUAUAGACAAUAUUUGUAAUUAAACGACAUUAGUGUAACAUUUACGACAGCGAUCACUACACGGUCGAACGGCAAGCAAGUGACAUAUAUAUGUAAAGAUAAAGAAGCAUUUCAGAGCGGGAAAAACAUGAAGCCAUUUGAUCAAGGCAAUUCAGUAUCGACAACAGCAACAAUGUUCCUAAAACCUACUGUGAACGGUUUUUUUCCUCUUCCUGCAAGUGAUAUGAAGCCUACGCUGCAUUAUUCUCAACUUAGUGCGUUCUGCAAGAGAAAACACGAAGAAGAUGAAUUAAAGCAGUUAACUCAAACGAAAAAGCGAAGACAUCGGACAGUCUUUACUCGAUAUCAACUCGAACAAAUGGAGAUCGCCUUUCGUACGUGCCAGUAUCCUGACGUCGAAACGAGAGACGCUCUUGCAAAGGAAGUGAAUUUGGAAGAAGGACGCGUUCAAGUAUGGUUUCAGAAUCGUCGUGCGAAACAAAGACGCGAUGAACUGCAAUGCUUCCCGGCUCCCGCAGAGCAUCCAACACACGUGACCAAAUAUCCCACAAACUCCUCACGAAAGUUACGUGCGAUCAACUGCUUCUCUUGGACCAAUCAGAGUUUUCCAUUUCAUCCGACGUUAUCAGCACAUCGUGGUUCGAGUUUGGUCUCAAGUCAUUUCCCUAACCCCCCUGCCUUUCAUCAUGCUUACGACAGAGUAGCAAACCAUCCACUGCCAUCGUUUCAUAUAACUUCUCAAACUGGCAUAGCAAGUUAUAAGUAUCCACUUCCAUGGCUUGGUCAGCGGUCUAUUAGAUGAUUAUGGCGACGUUGGACUUUUCAAUAACGAACAAACCUACCUGAGGCCCGUUUCAAACUUCCAACAUUUUCUGCGCUGUAUCUAUUUAAGGCAAAAAAUAACGAGUUUGAGCAAUAAAACUCUAAUGAGUUAAGCACGUUUUAAUUACAAAGUUUUGUAGGGGCAUAACAAGUCCAUAUAUACCACUUGACACUGUUGAAUAAAGCCAUUAGCGAUCAGUGA